GUCAGCCUGUGAACGGUUUAGUCUGCAGUCUGUUAGCGGUUAACGGUGGUUAGUUAGAUAGAUAGAUAGUUAGUUAGGUGGUGGUUAGUUAGUUAUUGGGUUUUCAGGGCUGAUGAUGGACCCACCACACACAGACUUCUUCUACUGCUGCGGAGCCGCCACGGAGCUGCUCAGGUUUGGACCCUGCCCCCUAACCUCUGCGCACAAGGUGCUCUUCCUCAUCAUCCCAGGUAACCCAGGUGUGGUGGGCUUCUACAGGACCUUCAUGCAGACGCUCCACAGCAGGUGUGGCUACCAGCACCCGGUGUGGGCCGUAAGCCACGCCGGCCACUGCGCUCCUCCGGCCUCCAUGGACAUGAUCGAAGACGGCGCCUCGGCGGCGGAGGACGACGUGUUUGGUCUGGACGGGCAGGUCGAACACAAGCUGGCUUUCCUCAGGAAUCACGUUCCCAGAGAAACCAGCCUGGUCCUGAUCGGUCACUCCAUCGGCUGCUACAUCAUUCUGGAGAUGAUGAAGAGAAAUCCUGAGCGGAGGGUCCUGAAGGCGCUGCUGCUGUUUCCCACCAUCGAGCGCAUGGCUCAGAGCCCUCAGGGGAAGGUCAUGACCCCCGUGCUGUGUCACAUGCGUUACGUGGUCUACCUGCCCCUCUUCCUGCUCUCGCUGCUGCCCGACAGGCUCAAAGUCAGUCUCAUCAGACUGAUGCUGGGGGGAAUCCGCUCUCUGGACCUCACUGUGGUGCAGCCCACCCUGGGUCUGCUCAGUGGAGACUCUGCAGCCAAUGCCAUGUACCUGGGUGGGCAGGAAAUGAGGAAAGUUCUAAAAAGAGACGACACGACUAUCGGGAAACAUCUCGACAAGCUGAUAUUUUAUUACGGAGCGACCGACCACUGGUGCCCGCUGCAGUAUUAUUACGACAUCAAGCGGGACUUUCCUCUCGGCGACUUCAGGCUGUGUGAAAACGGCUUCCGUCACGCCUUCGUGCUGGACGCCGGACGAGAAGUCGCCGAAAUGGUGUUUGAAUGGAUCCGUGAAGAUUUACGGAGCCGAGUUCCCGGUGACCAAAACACUUCAUUCAGUGCCUCAGCUGGACGUUUGUAACGAGACCACAGAGCCAAACCAGAGGUUCAUGUUGUCUUUGUGUAAUAAGAUGUGCAGGCGUGGAAGCUGUACAAGUUUGUGCUCAGUGAAAACACUAAACACAGCAUCAGCCUUCAGGGGCCACGUGCUUCCAGCUCUUAUAUCCUGUUAAAUCAUAUAAAAAUGUACAACGAUGGCAUGAGGGCGCUGAUCAUAGAGACCAAACAUUUAUUAAAGUUUAUAAAAUUUACAGUGAAAUUUCAAAGAAGUCCAGAUGAAGCCCCAGAUGUGAGGAACAGUAUUUUAAUGCAUGUGAAAUAACUGCUGUAAUAUUAACUGUUGUUUAUCAUUUUGGGAAUAAAUGAAAACUUAAU